AUGGUGGUGGGAACCCUCGUGAAGAACACAAAGAAGGUGGUAGAGGAGACCCUCCAGGUCUCAGUCGAAGAUGGAGAAGGGAACUGGGAACAACCACCUCCCGAAGAGUCCAAGGUGGUUGAGGUGGUGGUAGAGGAGAAGAAAGCGCAAGAGUCCCAAACUUCAGUUCCCUCGUUGGCCAGGCUGGCCGACAAGAGAAAGGAAGAGUGUAAAGAAUAUGCUAAGGAGGUAGCAGAGGAACCUCCUAAGAGGGAUGAGAAACAAGAGAAAGAAGCAAGAGGAGAAGAAGAGAAGGUGGAGCCUCCAAAAAGGAGAGAGAAACGAAAGAAGGAAGGAGUAGUAGAAGGAGAAGAGAGGGGAGAAAGGAAUGGUGAGGAGGGUGUUGGAGGUGGAUACAAGAGGAAUGCGUCAGAGGUGCUGAAGCAGGUGCACACAGCAUCAUUGAGGGCGGUGGUGGUGCUCGACGGCAUGAUGACCGACAUGUUCGAGACGCCGGUGGACGAGGCUGCACGGCUAUCCAAGUAUACGAGGAAGGCGAUGUACGCCGUCGUCAAGGGAGAUCCAUGUUGCAGUGCGCCUAGUGCUAACCGGCGAGCUCCGCAAGCAUGA